CCGCUAGGAUGUUGCGAUAUCGCUGGCAGCCAGAGAUUGCUGUGGUUGCAGAGAUUUCACUGCUGGGCUGAAAUUUCAGUCUGAUGUUUUGGUGCACGCCAGAUUCCGCGGUUACCUGUUUUUAGUCUGUAGUCUCCGGGAAACACGACGCGUGUUAGGAGCUGAAGCGUUAGCUUUCUAAAAAUCACAGUUUUGUCGCAAAAUUGAAUAAAUAGCCACACAGAGAGCUCGCCAUGAGGCAACAGACGGUCUGUCCAUUUUUCUGAGGAUGGGAACAUUUUUUUCCGUUAUCACAGAGAUUACACGUCGGCUUUAUGACAGUAGAAGACAUCAUCUUCAGAGGAUAACCUGGAUAACCUUACACGACAUGUCAUAACGUGAGUGGCUAGCGCGGAGCUAGCUGGUGCAGCUGGACGGGAUGGAGAAGGACCCCGUGUUUUCAUCAGCCAGCCACGAACAGCUGGAUGACUAGCCGAGGAAAGGCUUUCUCCGGAGAUGCUCUAACCUCCCGGGUGGUGCAGUUCACUUACAUAACUGAGUCUAUCCGCUCCAGCUACCACCACCUGGCUGGCGCUGGCGAGCAAAUGGGACAUUUGACACCAAAAGUCUGUGUUUUCUGAACAUCAUCCCCAGUGACAAAGGCGUCACUGCCUGUCUGAAGGCUCAGUGUAGUUGUCAGGGUGACAAUUGAGCUGCAUAUCAGUGCACAGGGAAGAAUAGCCCAUCUCUGCUUGUGUGUGUGUGUGUGUGUGUGUGUGUGUGUGGUAGAUAGAUAUUAUAUAUAUAUAUAUAUAGAGAGAGAGAGAGAAGCAAAAAGUGCUUCUCCUGUCAAUUUGGCAAGAUGAGGAAGUUCUUUGAUUCUCGCCGGGAGUUGGUGAGCUCCGGGCCCGGUUCUGGAGGAGGAGGAGGCAGCUCUGGCUCCAGUCAUGCUGGCGGAAAUUUUAUUGGUCGAAACUUCACUGUUGGAAGACACCAAGUCACUGUCGAGGAGAUAAUCGCUGAAGGUGGUUUUGCAAUAGUGUUCCUUGUGAAAACAAAUCAAGGGGUGCGUUGUGCUCUUAAGAGGAUGUAUGUCAACAAUGAGCAUGAUCUGCAGGUGUGCCAACGGGAGAUUCAGAUAAUGAAAGACCUUGUCGGUCACAAGAACAUUGUAGGAUAUCUGGACUCCAGUAUCACAGCUAUGGGAUCAAGGGAUGUAUGGGAGGUUCUCAUACUUAUGGACUACUGCAAGGGAGGGCAGGUGGUCAAUUUGAUGAAUCAGAGGCUGCAGACUGGCUUCACGGAGUUGGAGGUGCUACAGAUUUUCUGCGACACCUGCGAUGCCUCAUCUCGCUUGCACCAGCGCAAGACACCGAUUAUCCACAGGGACCUUAAGGUGGAGAACAUCCUCUUGCAUGAUAAGGGUCAUUAUGUGCUGUGUGAUUUUGGCAGUGCCACAAACAAGUUUCAAAGCCCGCAGACUGAAGGAGUGGCUGUCGUGGAGGAGGAGAUCAAAAAGUACACAACUUUAUCAUAUCGUGCCCCAGAAAUGGUGAACCUUUACAAUAAUAAGAUUAUCACUACAAAGGCUGAUAUCUGGGCACUGGGCUGUCUGCUGUACAAGUUGUGCUUCUUCACUCUGCCCUUUGGUGAAAGCCAGGUGGCCAUCUGUGAUGGCAGUUUCACCAUUCCAGAUAAUUCCCGUUAUUCUUAUGAUCUUCACUGCCUCAUUCGGUACAUGUUGGAGCCAGACCCAGACAAAAGGCCAGAUAUCUAUCAGGUGUCCCAUUUUGCUUUUAAACUGGCUCAGCGGACCUGUCCUGUUCAGAAUGUGAAGAAUUCUCCAAUUCCUUCCAAACUUCCUGAGCCAAUCAAAGCAAGUGAGGCUGCUGCAGCAAAGAAAAGCCAGACUAAGUCCAGACUGACAGAUCCAAUUCCCACCACUGAAACCUCUAUCACCCCUCGCCAGAGGCCCAAAGCAGCACAUGCUCAGCCUGCUGCUGGCAUGUUACCCAUCCAGCCUGCUGCUCUUACCCCUCGCAAGCGGGCUAAUCUCCCUGGUGGUGCAGCUCAGCCUGGUGGAGUCAGCUUAAACCUCUCCCAACCAGCUGCAGCUCUCCAGUCACAGAAGGCACAGCCGUCCGCUCAGCCACUCAUCCAGACACAAAACAACACAAGCCAGGCUUCAGCUCCACAGAAGCAGGUUGUACAGACGGCCCCCGGACCUGAGAUGGCAGCAUCGGCACCAGUGUCUGCUGUGAACAAAGCCGAAGCGGCACCGCAAGCGCAGCCAACAGCCCAGCAGCAAACAGCCCAGCAGCAACCCACACCUUCCUCUCUGGCAAGCUCCACUUCCCAGCAGGCAGCACAGACUCCAUCCAGCCCAGCCCCACCUCAACGUCCGGUGCGUCGCAAACAGACUAGCCAGGCUCAGCAGCCAGAGACUCAGCCUUCUCCCAGCAAGCCCACGUCCAGUCAGCCUGUAGCCACUCAGCAGCAGCAGCAGAUCAUUCAAGCAUCAGCUGCACAGGCUCAGCCUGCCUCCACUGACAUCAGCCAAAAAUCAGCUGAGACAACUCCACCUGCAACUCCAAAAACAACAGAGGAACGAGGCCACCAACGCACGCCGAGUGAUGCUGCAAGUGGUGUUGCUGCAGUUCCAGUCAGCGACCCCUCACAGCAACCACAAGGAGCUAAUGGGGACACUGCCCUCAGUCAAUCACUUGCAUCUCAGUCGAGCACUACACAGCCAGUUCAGCUCAGUGAUGUAACACAAGACCAGAGCAAAGCUGCAACAACUGUUCCUGAUUCUGGUGGUCCAACUAGCACCCAGACUCAGCCAGUGUGGAACCCAUUUGACGAUGACAACUUCUCUGACCUCGGUGCUGGGGAACCCAAAACUGAAAACAAAAUGGCUACAGCAGAUGUACCAACAGAUACUGAGGUCACAUGUUCGGAAGAGCUGAUACCAGGUCUGCAGGCUGCAACCAAUGAAAACACUCCCCAAGAAACUGUUGAAAGACCAUCUUCUAUCCUGAAAUCAGGAGCUUCAGUGCUGGCCGUCCCAGAUCCUUUACAUACUCUUGAAUUCUUAGAUGCUCCAGAAAAGCUGAUUGAAGGACUUAAAUCCCCAGACACUUCCUCUCUCAUGCUUCCUGACCUGCUCUCGCUGUCUGAUCCCUUUGGUGGGUCUGUUGAAGAGUCUGCAAAAGACCCUCUGACUGCAGAAGACUCCCUCCUGGGCUCUCUGAUCUCUGGUCCACCUGCUGGCGCAGCAGCGAGCAGCGCGACCUCCUCCAUCUCCUCUGCUCCGACCUCAGCCACCUCUGCUUUGGAUGAUCUUAGUCUUUUGUCUGGAGAGUCCACGCAGCCUAAAGCCGAUUCGUUUCUUCUGAUCUCAGACUUUGAGUCCCAACCGGCUACCACAGAUGCAGUCACAGAGGACGAGUUUGAUCCCAUUCCCGUUACAGGCCGGAAGAAUUCCCAAGUUUCAGGAGGCCACUCGCGCAGUAACAGUGGUGGCUCUGAAUCCAGCCUGCCCAGCUUGGCCCGCUCCCUGCUGCUGGUGGACCAGCUCAUCGACUUGUAGGCGGCUCCACCCCCCCUCAUAGAAGCUGUAACACUGGAUAAUAGUCUGGCAUAGCAUAACAAUGUUGUAAUAGCGACCUACCUGCACCCCCCUUUCUGUCAUCAGUAGAACAGUAGAAACAUCCUUCACCUUUCAGUGCUUUUUCAUUCCUGCUUUCCACUGCAUCAGUUCCACUAACUGCCUUCUCUUAACCUCUCAUUUCUCAUCCUCACUCUCAUGUUUUCUGUUUGUCGACUCCAUACACUGUGUGUCAUUCAUUGCAAUCAGUGAAUAAGUCAAUUUGCUAUCAUCAUCCUCUCUAAAAAUUAAUCAUGACAUCUUUCUGUUGGUCAGGAUCUAAUGCAUCUAUACAGUUUGGUUGAACAACAUUGCAUUAUGUUUAAUAGCAAACAAUAGAAGAUAAUUGUUGUAAUGUAUAUUAGGCAUAGUUCUAAGUGGUUGUAGUUAUCGUGCUCAAGUGAAUUUGUCGUUGUUUGCCUUUUUAAAUUGUCCUCCCCAGACUUUUUUGCACAUUUUAAAGAAAAAAAGCAUGGCAACAUUAAUUAAACGACUAUUCGUUCAGAGGUUUAUUUCCAUAUAUCCAAAAGAACUCUUUAACUUCGGUCAUUUAGUCUGAUUUGCACAGAUGCAUAAAUGUUACCUCUGUAUAUAAAGCUGCUUAUAGGUUAGAUUAAAAUGAAGUCACAAUCUGGAAAAAGAACAGCCAUAUCUGCACAUCGCUGGAGUGCCAUAAAAUAAUCAUGAAACUUCUGAAACCUGAGCUCCACAACAGCUGCACAAAUUACACCCAACCACUUAGUACAGUAUGAGCAAGGUUUUUAAAGCAAGGUAUCAUUUUAGGCUAUUGUUGUUUUUUUUCUUUAAAGCAAAAGGUUGCAUCUUAAAAUUAAAAAGAAAUCAGGGUUGUUUAAAUGUGUUGAUAGCAGCGUGCCAUAUCAAGAGAAAUGCAUGACAUCAUGAAACUAAUUUUAUGGAUCAAGAUUAAUAGGAAAUAGUAGGAAAACAGUAGCAAUGAAGAGAAAACUCAUGAUUAUUCAGGUAAUUUCUUGGCACUAACACAAAAGUCAUUUUGCAACAUUUCCACACGCUCGCUCUCUCUCUUUCCACACAUAACCAUUCCACAUUGUGCAAUUCCUCCUACAUUCCUUCCAUUUGUUUACUCCUAAUUUAUGUAAAUAAUAGAUAUCUGUAAGAAAUCCUGCAGGCUCUUAUCCAGACCGUAAAUAUGAUAUCAUUGUCAUGAAGCUUUACAUGUGGAAGACAUAUUGCUUUACCUGUGAAUCUGAUAUAUGUCAUAUAUAUCUAUACAAUAUAUAUGACAUUGUUUUCCUGUUGAUACAUGUUAAUAUAGAUAGUUAGAGAAUGAAUGUAAGAAAUAAAUAUUAGUCUAUAAUAAAAUCUAUCUAUGAUUCUUAACAUCAUAAUCAUUCAAUAAUAUUGAAGAAUAUAUGAAUAUUUCAUUCCUCUGUGUGGAAUUCUGUGCUAAGAAAGUUUUUUGUUUUUUUUCUUGGUUAUAUUUACAUAAUAUCUGUGAGUACAUUAAAGUGUACAGCUGAUAACCCUAGUCUUUGUCCAAUAUGGAAGAUUUGGCUAAACCCCAUGUCUUAUUCCACGUUUGUGAAAAGAGAAGUGGGCCUGUGUUAUGUUUGUUUACAUGGACUGAUGAAGGAUUAUAUUUUUAUUCAAAACAGUCUUGUGGAAAAAGGGGGCGUGAAUGGCUGGAGUUUUUGUCCUGCUUCAUUUGAACUUGUGCUUUUAAUGGUUUUUGUUGGCCAGUGCUAGCGUUCACAGGGUUCAUAUGAAAAAAAAAGCAUGGCAGUGUUGUCAAAUGUUACGUUCACAUGUAUUGGUAUACAGUGUUAUGAUCAGUUUGUGUGCAAGGGUGUGUGUGUGCGUGUGUGUAUAGAGUCUGAAUUGUUGGAUGUGUAUUCCAGUAGCCUACUUGUGUUGUUGUUUGCUGCAAAUAUGGUGCCGACUGUCAGGUUGUCACUAAAAUCUCCUCUGAAAGCCCAGACCCUGAAGCAUAGUAGUCAAACUGCAUCAUUCUCUCUUAAAGGGGAACUUGUACAGCGCCAACUUACUGCUCCCCGGUCUCACUGGCUAUUGGACAUCUGCAUUUAAUAUUAAAGUUAACUGAUGGGUCUGAUGUGUAAUGUGUGUGGGGCUCUGUGACGUGGCGCCAGGGUGAGGGCACAGUCCUGCUACUGCAGGUGUUAACGUCAGCUGCUGAGGGUCGGAAAGGAUCAGCUCCAGUCAGCAAUACACUGUAGAUAUUUCUGUAGGAUCAAACAAGGGUAUCUUGCUAAUCAUGGACGACAAUAUUGGGAUGGGUGCCUUCAGCUACUCAGACGGGGCUUAAUAAUAACCCUCAUAAUGAUUUAUUCCAUUUAUUCCAUCUAUAUGCAUCUAAAUUGAGAGUACUGAAGAAAAUGUACUACCUAAAUUUAGAAUUUUAAUUCUGUUUUGGUCCACAUAAAAACUGACGGAGGAAGUCAUUUUCAAAACCUCUUUAGUUUUUUCACCGCAGGUGCUGCAUGCGCACUUGAAGGCUUUUAUUCUUAAUUCAUCCCGCUUACAGUCCCUCCACUGAAAAGCUCAGUCGUUUGCAGGCGCUGUUUGAACCUAUGCAACUCCGAGCUUUCUCCCAGUGUGCUUCCACUGUGUUAUCAGUAAAGCCAAGCAAGAAGAGUACCUGAUAUGAAACAGAAGCCCCUCGUUUUCUCUGUUGUUUUGCCAAAAAAAAAGGGAAAAAAGAAAGAGAAAUCUAAAAAUGAUCUGAUGCUAUCACGUGUUUUGAGACAACUCCUGUUAUUAUGGCCCGAAUGUGCGUCAGAGCUGUGAUAUUGUGUGCUCCUUCUAUUUUUGUGAGAUAACUUAAGAAUUAUAAAGGGAUGGCAAAUAAAGUUCAAAUGUGAAUGUCAACUUGUUGAGUAUUGAUUGAAAUGUAUCUUGUGUUUUGAUUUCUGAUUUCACUGCAAUGUGGUGCUACUAUAUCUUUUAACAGAAUAGGAAAAAAUAGCUUAAGAAUGUCAGUGACUGAACAUAUUACAU